UGUCAAACAUGGCUGAAGCGCCGCCGCUGCCGCUACGGCUGCUGCAGGGAAAAUGCUGAGCCCGCCCGGGCCGGGUGGGCGGUGGCGGCGAGGGCGGCGACGGGCACCCGCGUCCCGGGCGCGGCGGCGGCGGCGGCCAUGGCCAGGCUGGCCGACUACUUCAUCGUGGUAGGCUACGACCACGAGAAACCAGGAACAGGAGCUGGUCUGGGAAAAAUAAUCCAGAGAUUUCCACAGAAGGACUGGGAUGAUACACCUUUCCCACAGGGAAUUGAAUUGUUUUGUCAGCCUGGUGGAUGGCAACUAUCCAGAGAGCGGAAGCAGCCAACGUUUUUUGUGGUGGUCCUGACAGAUAUUGACUCAGAUCGACAUUACUGCUCAUGCCUAACCUUCUAUGAGGCGGAAAUCAAUCUUCAGGGAACAAAGAAGGAAGAGAUUGAUGGUGAAGUGGAAGUGUCAGGCUUAAUCCAGCCUGCAGAAGUGUUUGCUCCCAAAAGCUUGGUGUUGGUAUCCAGACUAGAUUACCCGGAAAUUUUUAGGGCUUGCCUGGGUUUGAUCUAUACUGUUUACGUGGACAGUCUGAAUGUCUCCUUGGAAAGUCUCAUUGCAAACCUGUGUGCCUGUCUUGUCCCAGUGUCUGGAGGGUCUCAGAAGCUGUUUUCCUUGGGUGCAGGAGACAGACAGCUGAUCCAGACUCCUCUGCAUGACAGUCUUCCUGUCACAGGCACUAGUGUGGCUCUCUUGUUCCAGCAGUUGGGAAUUCAAAAUGUUCUCAGCCUCUUUUGUGCAGUCCUCACAGAAAAUAAAGUUCUCUUCCAUUCUGCAAGUUUCCAGAGACUUAGUGAUGCUUGUAGAGCCUUGGAAUCUUUAAUGUUUCCUCUUAAAUAUAGCUAUCCUUAUAUUCCCAUUCUACCAGCUCAGCUACUAGAAGUUCUAAGUUCCCCAACACCCUUUAUUAUUGGAGUACAUUCUAUCUUUAAAACUGAUAUCCAUGAACUUUUAGAUGUGAUCAUAGCCGACUUGGAUGGAGGCACUAUUAAGGUUCCUGAAUGUAUACACCUCUCUUCCCUCCCAGAACCACUCCUACAUCAGACUCAAGCAGCUCUUUCUUUGAUUCUGCAUCCAGACUUAGAAGUAGCCGAUCAUGCUUUUCCCCCUCAACGAACAGCCUUAUCUCACUCAAAAAUGCUGGAUAAAGAAGUUCGUGCAGUUUUUCUUAGAUUGUUUGCACAACUUUUCCAAGGAUAUAGAUCAUGUCUUCAACUUAUAAGAAUUCAUUCAGAACCAGUAAUUCAUUUUCACAAGACAGCUUUCUUGGGACAGCGUGGUUUGGUUGAGAAUGAUUUUCUCACCAAAGUUCUCAAUGGAAUGGCAUUUGCAGGUUUUGUUUCUGAAAGAGGGCCUCCCUAUAGAACCUGUGAUCUCUUUGAUGAGUUGGUAGCUUUUGAAGUAGAGCGAAUUAAAGCUGAAGAAAAUAGCCCAUUGAAGAUGAUAAAGCAUGUCAGAGAACUUGCAGAGCAACUAUUCAAAAAUGAGAAUCCAAAUCCUCAUAUGGCUUUCCAGAAAGUGCCACGCCCAACAGAAGGAUCCCACUUGCGAGUUCAUAUUCUUCCCUUUCCAAAGAUUAAUGAAACCCGCGUACAGGAGUUAAUACAGGAAAAUCUUGCUAAGAAUCAGAAUGCACCUCCUGCUUCACGAAUGGAAAAGAAAUGUGUUGUGCCUGCUGGUCCCCCUGUUGUUUCAAUAAUGGAUAAGGUAACAACAGUUUUUAACAGUGCACAAAGAUUGGAAGUUGUUAGAAACUGCAUCUCAUUUAUAUUUGAAAAUAAAACACUGGAGACUGAAAAGACCCUCCCUGCUGCACUGAGAGCCCUUAAAGGAAAGGCAGCAAGACAGUGUCUUACUGAUGAGUUGGGUCUGCAUGUUCAGCAAAACAGGGCAAUAUUGGACCAUCAGCAGUUUGACUACAUCAUAAGGAUGAUGAACUGUACUCUACAGGAUUGUUCAAGUUUAGAAGAAUAUAAUAUUGCUGCUGCAUUACUCCCUUUGACCAGUGCUUUUUAUAGGAAACUGGCCCCUGGAGUCAGCCAGUUUGCUUACACCUGUGUACAGGACCACCCUAUUUGGACGAAUCAGCAGUUUUGGGAAACAACUUUUUACAAUGCGGUGCAGGAGCAGGUUCGCUCCCUCUAUCUCUCGGCCAAGGAAGACAAUCAUGCGCCAUAUCUGAAGCAUAAGGAUAAACUUCCUGAUGACCAGUAUCAGGAGAAGACAGCAAUGGACCUCGCAGCCGAGCAACUACGUCUGUGGCCUACUCUGAGCAAAUCAACGCAGCAGGAGUUGGUACAGCGUGAGGAAAGCACCGUCUUUAGUCAGGCCAUUCACUUUGCCAACCUCAUGGUCAACCUGCUGGUUCCACUCGAUACCAGUAAAAACAAGCUCCUGAGAACGUCAGCCCCAGGAGACUGGGAGAGUGGGAGCAACAGCAUUGUCACAAACAGUAUUGCAGGAAGUGUAGCUGAGAGCUAUGAUACUGAAAGUGGAUUUGAAGAUUCAGAAAAUAAUGAUAUUGCCAAUUCUGUUGUACGUUUUAUUACCCGAUUUAUUGACAAGGUUUGUACAGAGAGUGGAGUUACUCAGGAUCACAUCAAAAGCCUUCACUGCAUGAUACCAGGAAUUGUAGCUAUGCACAUCGAAACCCUGGAAGCAGUACACCGAGAGAGUAGAAGGCUUCCACCUAUACAGAAGCCCAAGAUUCUUAGACCAGCUCUGCUACCAGGAGAAGAAAUCAUUUGUGAAGGUCUUCGAGUCCUUCUGGAUCCUGAUGGCCGAGAAGAAGCCACUGGAGGCCUUCUUGGAGGACCUCAGCUCUUACCCGCAGAAGGGGCCUUGUUCCUCACUACAUAUAGAAUCCUGUUCAGAGGGGCUCCCCAUGAUCAGCUAGUCGGUGAGCAGACAGUUGUGCGGAGUUUUCCCAUUGCCUCCAUCACCAAGGAAAAGAAGAUCUCAAUACAGAAUCAACUGCAGCAGAACAUGCAAGAAGGACUGCAGAUCACAUCAGCAUCUUUUCAGUUGAUUAAAGUAGCAUUUGAUGAAGAAGUGGGUCCAGAAGUAGUGGAAAUUUUUAAGAAGCAGCUGAUGAAGUUCCGUUAUCCUCAGUCCAUUUUUACCACCUUUGCUUUUGCUGCUGGGCAGACUACCCCACAAAUAAUUUUACCCAAACAGAAGGAAAAGAAUACUUCCUUUCGCACCUUCUCAAAAACAAUUGUGAAAGGUGCCAAAAGGGCAGGGAAAAUGACAAUUGGCCGUCAGUAUUUAUUGAAGAGGAGAACUGGGACAAUUGUAGAAGAGAGAGUGAAUCGCCCUGGAUGGAAUGAAGAAGAUGACAUAUCUGUUUCAGAUGAUAGUGAACUCCCCACAAGCACCACACUGAAGGCCUCUGAGAAGUCUACAAUGGAGCAGUUAGUGGAAAAAGCUUGUUUCAGAGACUAUCAACGUUUAGGUUUGGGAACCAUAAGUGGCAGCUCUUCUCGCUCAAAACCAGAGUAUUUUCGAAUCACUGCCUCCAACAGGAUGUAUUCACUUUGCCGGAGCUAUCCUGGCCUUUUAGUUGUACCUCAAGCUGUACAGGACAGUAGUUUACCAAGAGUAGCCCGCUGCUAUCGACAGAAUCGCCUUCCUGUUGUAUGUUGGAAGAACUCAAGAAGUAGUACCCUUCUUCUCCGAUCCGGAGGAUUUCAUGGAAAGGGAGUUGUUGGUCUUUUCAAAUCUCAGAACUCCCCUCAGUCAGCUCCUACCUCCUCUUUAGAAUCUUCCAGUAGCAUAGAACAAGAAAAGUACUUGCAAGCCUUACUGAGUGCAGUUUCUGUCCACCAGAAACUCAAUGGCAAUAACACCCUCACUGUCAAGCCAUCACUUGCUCUGUCUCCAGGGACUGAAAAGAGGACUUCAAGAAUGUCCACUGUGCUUAAGCAGGUAGUGCCAGGACAUUUGGAUGUAAACCCAUCCAAUAGCUUUGCUCGAGGAGUGCAUGGGUACAGAGAUAAAUGUUUUACUCAGUCAAAUCCCAAAUCUUCAGCUAAGGAAAGAGCCCAUAAACAAGGUGUCUGGGCAAGCCUGCGCUCUAGCACCCGCCUGAUCAGCUCUCCAACAUCCUUCAUUGAUGUUGGCGCCCGGCUGGCAGGCAAGGACCAUCCAGCCUCCUUUAGUAACAGCACCUACCUGCAAAACCAGCUCUUGAAACGCCAAGCAGCCCUUUAUAUAUUUGGUGAAAAGUCGCAACUAAGGAACUUCAAGUUAGAAUUUGCUUUAAAUUGUGAAUUUGUUCCUGUUGAAUUUCAUGACAUCCGACAAGUAAAAGCCAGUUUCAAAAAACUCAUGAGGGCUUGUAUUCCAAGCACUAUCCCUACUGACUCAGAAGUGACCUUCCUGAAAGCUUUGGGAGAUUCUGAAUGGUUCCCACAGCUUCACAGGAUACUGCAGCUGGCUGUGGUUGUAUCAGAAGUACUUGAGAAUGGCUCCUCAGUUUUAGUCUGUUUGGAAGAAGGCUGGGAUAUCACCACACAAGUGACAUCUCUGGUUCAGUUACUCAGUGAUCCCUUUUAUCGGACACUUGAAGGUUUCCGGAUGUUGAUUGAAAAAGAAUGGCUCUCUUUUGGUCAUAAGUUCAGCCAGAGGAGUAGCUUGACCCUCAACAGCCAGGGUGGUGGUUUUGCUCCAAUCUUCCUACAGUUCUUAGACUGCGUACACCAGGUUCACAACCAGUAUCCAACAGAAUUUGAGUUUAAUCUCUAUUACUUAAAAUUCUUGGCUUUCCACUGUGUAUCAAAUCGCUUUAAAACAUUUCUCCUGGAUUCGGACUAUGAAAGACUAGAGCACGGAACGUUAUUUGAUGAUAAAGGAGACAAGCCAGCCAAAAAGGGAAUUUGUAUUUGGGAAUGUAUUGAUAGAAUGCACAAGAGGAGUCCCAUUUUCUUUAAUUAUAUGUACUCACCAGUGGAAAUAGAGGCCCUGAAACCUAAUGUACAUGUGUCCAACCUCAAGAAGUGGGAUUACUACAUCGAGGAGACCCUGUCUGCAGGGCCCUCCUAUGACUGGGUGAUGCUGACCUCCAAGCACUUCCCUCCCGAGGACUCAGAUCUGGCCGCAGGCACAGGACUCCGAAGCCAGAGGAGAACUGUGUGGCCAUGCUAUGACGACAUCAGUCACGUGCAGCCAGAUGCACUCACCAGCCUGUUCAGCGAAAUUGAACGAUUGGAGCAUAAAUUGAACCAAAGCCCUGAGAAGUGGCAGCAGCUGUGGGAAAGAGUCACUACAGACCUUAAGGAAGAGCCCAGGACAGACCAUCCCCAAAGACAGCCUUUGGGCCUUCCAGGAAUCAUAUCUGCCAACCUCCCUUCCUAUCAGAAGAGGUCUGUGCUGCAUCUUCCGGAAAGCAGCUCUGGGGAGGAGCAGAAUGCCAGCGUCUCCCCAUCCAACGGCGUGGACCGCCGGGCAGCCACACUCUACAGCCAGUACACGUUUAAGAAUGAGGAGAACAGGUCCUUUGAGGGAACACUUUACAAGAGAGGGGCUUUGCUGAAGGGUUGGAAGCCCCGUUGGUUCGUCUUGGAUGUAACAAAACAUCAGCUGCGAUACUAUGACUCCGGUGAAGACACCAGCUGUAAAGGCCACAUUGACCUGGCUGAAGUAGAAAUGGUCAUCCCUGCUGGCCCCAGCAUGGGCGCCCCCAAGCACACAAGUGACAAGGCCUUCUUCGAUCUCAAGACCAGCAAGCGUGUAUAUAACUUCUGUGCCCAGGAUGGACAAAGUGCCCAACAGUGGAUGGACAGAAUCCAGAGCUGUAUCUCUGAUGCUUGAUGUCUGUGGUCCACCCAAGCCAAUAAGACAAAAACACUCCUGAAUCCUUGAGUUGCUGAGUCAUUCCAGGGCCUGAGGGUCCUCCUGCCCAGUCUUAGCCAGUCCCCUCAUUCUGCAGCUGCUGUGCCUGCUUUGCCUGAGUGGAUGUGUCAGCUCUGGUCCCGAGCUCCAGGCACUAACGUAUCUUGCACUAGAUGAUUCUAACAGGGACUUUGUGGUUAGGGAUCAGAUGAGUGCUUCCUGAGCCAACUGUCUUCCAUCCCCUCAGCACCUGGCGACCAUGACCAUCCUCUGAGGCCCUUCUUCAUGAAAGCUCAGUCCUUUUUUCUCCAAGCUCUCAGUUCUUUGACGAGUUUUCUGACAAGCAAAAAUAAAAGCCCUCCAAGGUGGUCUUCUAUUCUCCUAGAAUAGGUUCCCAUCAAAACUCCUCUCACUGCCUCACCUCAGAGAGGCUCUGCUCUCGGGUGCUUCGAAAGGUGCUUCCACAGUCCCUGCUUGCCAUUGGGGUUCACAGCAAGAACAUCGGUGCUAAGCGGUGGGCAAGGAAGGAGCUCAGAGGAUUAUCCUGAUGGGAGCUUCCUUUCCAGGGAAAUAAUGCAACAAUGACCAGGCCAAUGCAAGGAAAAAUUGCUUCCCAAACCCCAAAUGCUCUCGGCCAGAGGUGCCCUGAGGAUCCGGGGCCUGUGCUCCUAUGUAUUCUGCUUCCAAUAGCUUCCUGCACAAAGUAGCAUGCAAAAAGCUGAAUGCACUAACCUUCCUGAGCAAUCAUUUGCACUGACCUCCUAAUGAAGUGAAGCUGUCAGAAAGACAGAAGCCAGCUGUUAACACAUACCUAUGACAAGGGCUGUGUGGGCCCCGAUGGCCCUUGUGCUGUGGCCGGGUACCCAGAUUCCUCGUUGGCACACGGGCAGUGAAAGCCGCUUCUGGCGCCUCUUCACCUGCUGAUAACCUGAUGUGUGUUUAGCUCCUGACCCAGAGAGCUUGGCCCAUUCCCCAUGAGCCACAUCCGAGACAGCCACUGUAGCCAGCUGGGGCCCCAGGGGGCCUAAUCAUUGUGUCUGUUUGAAAUGUUAAUAUGUUAAAUACCGAACUAAUAUUUCAAAAAUGUGUACAUAUGAUUUCUAUAUCCUUUUUUUUCAGAUAACCUGCUUAUAAUUUAAUAUAAAAUUAACUAAAUUGAUUCAUCAGAUUUCAAUAAUGAUUCCCUUUUUUAAAAAAAAAAACACUGUAGAUUUGUCAAAAUUAAAAUUACGUACACACUAGAAGUAGAACUGUGUUAAUAUAUAUGACAUUGGGCAAUUGUAAGAAUGAAGGAUUUUUCUAUCACUUUCGUUUUAUAAAUUGACACCUGUGAAAAUGGUUUUUGCACAUUAUUUGUAUUUUUUUCUUUGUAUAUGAAAUAAUUUUUUUGUACUGUGUAAGAUACAGAGCCUGUUGUACUUUCAGCUCUUUGAGACUGUACACACUGCUUCUUUUAUAACUGGAUUAUUUUAAUCUUCAUGAAGGUAUCACAUGCCUUCCAUUCACUAACCACCUUGAAUUAAACCAAUUUCUUAAGA